GUUGUGUUUGUACGCACGCACGCACGCAGAGUAACGCAGUGAACGCAGCUGUAGAGACGCAGAUAAAAGCAGCGCGAGCUCCGUGUAUCGCGGUUCAGACCAGUCACUAACCCGGGUUAAACCGGUUUUAACAGCGGGUUAAACCACGGACGGACAUGAGUCCAGGACAGAGCGGAAACAGCGGGGACCGGGAAAACGGCGCGAGCCUGUGAACGGGACUCUCUCUCUCUCUCUCUCCCCCCCUCUCUCUCCUCCAUUUUGGUUCAGUGAUGGAGAACAUCCGGACUCCAAAGGUGGACAAAGUGCGUCUUCUGGACAGGUCGUCAGGUCAGCGAAAAAUCAGCGUGGGGACUCUUUAUCUCUCUGCCACUCACACCAUCUUUGUGGACAACAACCCUGAGACACGCAAGGAGACGUGGGUGUUGCACAGCAUGGUGUCCAGUGUGGAGAGACUCCCCCCCUCACCUGCAGGAAGUCAGCUGAUCCUGCGCUGUAAGGACUUCCAGGUCUUCCAGAUCCUUGUCCCUCAGGAGAGGGACUGUGUGGACGUCCACGCCUCACUGGUCAGGUUGUCACGUCCAGAGAAGUACAGUGAACUCUACUGUUUGUCCUUCAAUCCUAACGUAAACAAAGAGCAGAGGGCGGAGUCGUGGGCGUUCAUCGACCUUGUGGCCGACUACAAGAGGAUGGGUGUUCCUAACAACCUGUGGGUCGCCACGGCAGCCAACAGUGAAUACAGAGUGUGCGACACGUAUCCGUCACAGCUGUUUGUUCCAAAGUCGGCCACGCCCACCGUCAUUGUGGGCAGCUCCAGGUUCAGGAGCCGAGGACGAUUUCCUGCUCUGUCCUACUUUCACCAGGACACGCUGGCAGCAGUGUGUCGCUGCAGUCAGCCUCUGUCUGGCUUCAGUGGACGCAGCCAGGAAGACGAGAUGAUGCUGCAGGCUGUGAUGAAGUCCAAUCCUGGAAGUGACUUCAUCUAUGUGGUGGACACCAGGCCCAAGCUGAAUGCCAUGGCGAAUCGAGCAGCAGGUAAAGGUUACGAGAACGAGGAUCACUACACCAACAUCAAGCUGCAUUUCAUCGGUAUUGAGAACAUUCACGUGAUGAGGAGCAGUCAACAGAAGUUCAUCGAGGUUGGUGAAAUGCGAUCUCCGUCGAUGACUGACUUCCUGUGGGGUCUUGAAAACUGUGGCUGGCUCAAACAUAUUAAAGCUAUAAUGGACGCAGGAGUGUUCAUAGCCAAGGCCGUGUCAGAUGAAGGCGUGAGUGUCGUGGUCCACUGCUCUGAUGGUUGGGACAGAACAGCUCAGGCCUGCUCUGUGGCCUCUGUACUGUUGGACCCGUUCUACAGAACCAUCAAAGGGUUCAUGGUGCUCAUAGAGAGAGACUGGGUUUCCUUUGGACACAAGUUCUCCCACAGGUACGCUCACCUGGACGGAGAUCCCAGAGAGGUGUCCCCCGUCAUGGACCAGUUCCUGGAGUGUGUGUGGCAGCUGUCGGAGCAGUUCCCGUGCGCCUUCGAGUUCAACGAGCGCUUCCUGGUCAGCGUCCACGCGCACGUCUACUCGUGUCAGUACGGAUCGUUCCUGGGAAACUGCCAGAAGGAGCGUCAGGAUCUGAGGUGA